ACCACCAACCUUCGUCUCCGCCGCCUCCGCCUCUCUCCUUCCCCCUCGUUCUCCGCUUCCACCCAAACCAAACCCAAACCCAACUUGCGAAACCCCAACGAAUCCCCCCCAAAACACCCACCCAGUCAAACACUCCCCAACUCCGAUCCCCACCCCCAUGGCGUCGGAGAUCGAGGUGCUCGAGGACACCACCACCACGAUGGCCGCCUCCGCCGCCCCCGUGGCGCCCGCGUCCCCAUCCCCAUCCCCCGCCGCCGCUGCCGACGGCGAGGAGGGGGAGGGGCCGGCCCCUGCGGCGGAGGACGACUCGCUGAAGAACGACGUGUACACGGCGGCGGCGUACGGCGAUCUGGAGAAGCUGCAGCGGCUAGUGGAGGGGGAGGGCCACCCGGUCACGGAGCCCGACGGCCUCGGCUACCACGCGCUCCAGUGGGCCGCCCUCAACAACCGCGUCGCCGCCGCGCAGUACAUCCUCGAGCAUGGAGCAGAUGUAAAUGCUGUGGACCACACUGGGCAAACAGCACUUCACUGGAGUGCUGUACGUGGACACAUCCAAGUUGCUGAGCUUCUUCUGAAAGAAGGAGCUAAGGUGGAUGUUGCUGAUUUAUACGGUUAUCAGGCAACACAUGUUGCAGCGCAGUAUGGCCAGACAGCAUUUAUUUAUCAUAUUGUUGCGAAGUGGAAUGCUGAUCCAGAUGUCCCUGAUAAUGAUGGAAGAAGCCCACUGCACUGGGCUGCUUACAAGGGAUUUGCGGAUUCUAUACGUCUCCUUUUGUAUUUGGAUGCUUAUAGGGGGCGGCAGGAUAAAGAAGGUUGUACCCCUUUACAUUGGGCUGCUAUUAGGGGGAACCUGGAGGCAUGCACUGUGCUAGUUCAGGCUGGCAAAAAGGAUGACUUGAUGGUGAAGGAUAAGACUGGUCUAACUCCAGCACAGCUUGCUGCUGAUAAGAGUCAUCGGCAAGUUGCAUUUUUUCUUGACAAUGCUAAAAGGGUAUAUGAUAGAGGAUGUGAUGGGAAUACCAAUUUUGGAAAGCUAUCGAAACUGGGGCUAGCUCCUGUACUUUGGUGUAUUAUUGUUGGCUUGCUUGCUACAUAUAUACACUCUGUUAUAUCAGGUCAAUAUAUCAUGGAUAUGACAGCACCAUUUGGGCUGUUUGCAUGGUCAGGAGUUUUCCUUGCAACUGCUGGCCUAGUCAUGUUCUAUAAAUGUAGCAGGAAAGAUCCUGGCUACAUCAAAGCAAAUAUACGAGAUUCACAAAAUCAAAGGGAUGAUGAACCUUUGUUGAAGUUGGAGUUAGACAAUCCCGCACUUCUGUCUGGUAACUGGUCACAGCUUUGUAUAACAUGCAAAAUUGUGAGACCUGUUCGUUCGAAGCAUUGUUCUACAUGUGAUCGCUGUGUUGAGCAGUUUGACCAUCACUGUCCUUGGGUAUCUAAUUGCAUUGGCAAGAAGAACAAAUGGGAAUUCUUCAUGUUCAUCACUCUAGAAGUUUUUGCAAUGAUCAUUACUGGUUCUGCUGCCAUUAUAAGGAUGGUAAGAGAUCCGGCUUCUCCAGCAUCCUUUAUUCCUUGGCUCAGCUAUUCUGCUUUUAACCAUACUGGGGCACUUUCCUUUUUCAUAAUGGACCUCUUCCUUUUCUUCGGUGUUGCAGUUCUAGCAGUAGUCCAGGCAUCUCAGAUAGCGAAGAACAUUACAACAAACGAGAUGGCAAAUUCCAUGAGAUACAGUUAUCUAAGAGGUCCAGGUGGAAGAUUCAGAAACCCAUUUGACCAUGGAGCGCGCAAGAACUGCUCAGAAUUCUUGUUAAAUGGAUACAAUGAGGACAUUGAACGUCUUGAUCAUACGUCACACACUGAUGAGGAAAUGGGAAUGAUACAGAUGACAAACGCAGUCUCUCAGAAUGGCGAGGGCCCUUCCCACCAUGGUAACGGCACUGGCCAUUCUUGUGCUGAAUCACAUGCUCACUCAAAAUCUCACAGUCAAGUAAGUUCAUCUCAGUGUUGUGACCACAGUAAGAAGACCGAUAGAACACCAUUGGGCCUAGGGCUGGGCCUUGGACGAAACAGUGCUUCCCGGCAGUAUGUCCGGUCUCUUCUCCCAUUGUGAUUUGUUAUAUGCAGAUCAUGUGUGUGCUCUCUGUAGAUUGUAUGUGUUCAUGCUGAGGCUCCAUUAUUUAUUUAGCUGCUUGUGACAUACCACAUAGGUUUCGCUAGCUUACGUUAAUAUUGUUGGGGUGCUAGCUGUGUGAAAAUUCAGAUCUAUUAGAUCCAGUAUUUUUUGUGGUGAAUACAUAGGAGAUGAAGGUAGCAAGGUGCUCAUGAAUAUCCGCUGAUCCGCAGUUCAGAAAUGUCUUGUCGCUCCUGAAAAGAGGGCAACAAUUUUGUGCAGAUGCAGCAGCAUGAAACAUCUUCAUUGCUGUGUCCCUUGGUGUCAAUAUAACUCCAGCAUUUUAGCUUCUGGAUCUUACAUCUGUGGGAAAAUGUAGUUGUAAACUAAGAUAAUUGUAAAUUUAUUAGCAAAUUCUGAAUUUAGAUACUCUUGUUGUGAUCUAUAGCUGUACUGACAGUCCAGAAAGUUGUAAUAACAAAACAAAUAUCUGAACUCUUGACGUGUUAUGAACUCUCGUAGGACCUACGAAUGGAUGAUGCAUCCGUUCGAAAAUAUAGGUACUUGUGCAUGGUUUUUAAAUGUAUACGGACGAUAUGCAUAUUUUUGGAACA